UCCCCUGCUCGCCACGCUGCCAUGGGGUAGGGGGCGGCGGAGGCGCGGGGAGACGCCGUCAGGCUGCUGCCGCCGGUGGAGUGGCUCCCCGCGGUGCUGGCGGAGCAAGGGACAGCCGCGGCGGGACUGGCGCGGGAGGCCGGGCAGGGGGGCUGCCCCGGUGCGAGCGCGGCGGCGGCGGCGGCAGGCGGAGAGAUGAUCGCGGAGUUGUUGAGCAGCGCCCUGGGGCUCGCCCUGUACCUCAACACCCUGGGCGCCGACUUCUGCUACGAUGACAGUCGAGCUAUCAAGACAAACCAGGACCUUCUGCCUGAGACGCCAUGGACCCAUAUCUUCUACAAUGACUUCUGGGGGACAUUGCUCACUCACAGUGGGAGCCACAAGUCCUACAGACCUCUCUGCACACUCUCCUUUCGUAUUAACCAUGCUGUUGGAGGGAUGGACCCAUGGAGCUACCACCUUGUGAAUGUCUUGUUACAUGCUGCAGUCACAGGCCUUUUCACAAACUUCUCCAGGAUCCUGUUUGGGGAUGGGUACUGGACCUUGAUAGCAGGCCUGCUGUUUGCGUCUCAUCCGAUCCACACAGAAGCUGUAGCAGGGAUUGUAGGGAGGGCAGACAUUGGAGCCUGUCUCUUCUUUCUGCUUUCUCUGAUGUGUUAUGUGAAGCACUGCUCAACCAGAGGUUCCUCACCAAGUACAUGGGGCUGGAUCUUGGGAACGGGGCUGUGUGCAGGAUGCAGCAUGUUGUGGAAGGAACAAGGAGUGACUGUUCUGGCCAUUUCAGCGGUGUACGAUAUCUUUGUAUUUAAUCGACUGAAAAUGCACCAGAUCAUUCCUGCUUUAUACAAGAGAAAGAAUUUGACCCUCUUCAGCAUCGGUUUGUUGACCUCCUGGGGCACUGCACUGCUGGGUGUCCGCUUAUACUGGAUGGGCAACAAGCCCCCAAGUUUUUCCAAUUCUGACAAUCCAGCAGCUGACUCAGACAGUUUUCUCACACGUACACUGACCUUCUUUUACCUGCCAACAAAGAACCUCUGGCUGUUGCUAUGCCCAGAUACCCUCAGCUUUGACUGGUCUAUGGAUGCUGUGCCUCUUCUGAAAGCAGUCAGCGACUGGAGGAAUCUACACACUGUGGCCUUCUAUGCUGGACUCCUCCUCCUUGCCUACUUUAGCUUGAAGGGUUCCAGCAAUGAGAGAGAAUGCAAUGGGAAAACUGUAAUGAACGGCAAGCAGAAUGCUAAUGGGCAUAGCUGCCACUCAGACGUGGAGUACAAGACACUGGAGGUGAAGUCAAGCUUUGCAUCAAAAGAAGAGAAUGGUAUAAAAAAGCUUGAAAUGCAGAAACUGCCACUUCCUUCAACUGAGAACAUUGUCAUUCUGUCUCUGUCUUUGUUAAUAGUGCCCUUUGUUCCUGCCACAAACCUAUUUUUCUAUGUUGGCUUUGUAAUAGCAGAGCGUGUGCUGUAUGUUCCUAGUAUGGGCUUCUGCCUGCUGGUUACAGUAGGUGUCAGGGCCCUUUAUGUCAAAGCCCAAAAGCGUUUUCUGAAGAACUUGGUUUUUUGUUCCACUGCUGCAUUAAUUGUUUUCUAUGGACUCAAGACUGUUGUCAGGAAUGGGGACUGGCAGAAUGAGGAGAUGCUGUAUAGGUCAGGGAUAAAAGUAAACCCUGCUAAAGCAUGGGGUAACCUUGGAAAUGUUCUCAAGAGCCAGAGCAAGAUUUCUGAAGCUGAAAGCGCCUAUAGAAAUGCCUUGUACUACCGCAGCAACAUGGCUGAUAUGCUUUAUAAUUUAGGAUUACUACUUCAGGAGAACAGCAGGUUUUCGGAGGCAUUGCAUUACUAUAAACUGGCAAUUGGUAGCAGGCCCACGCUAGCAUCUGCCUAUUUAAAUACUGGUAUCAUCCUGAUGAACCAAGGGAAGACAGAAGAAGCCAGGAGGACUUUCCUGAAGUGUUCAGAGAUCCCUGAUGAAAAUUUGAAAGACCCUCAUGCCCAUAAAAGCUCUGUCACUAGCUGUCUUUAUAACUUAGGAAAACUUUUUCAUGAGCAAGGACACUAUGAGGAUGCCCUCAUGGUUUACAAAGAAGCAAUACAGAAAAUGCCAAGGCAGUUUGCCCCACAGAGCUUAUACAACAUGAUGGGAGAAGCCUAUAUGAGAAUGAGCCGUCUGCCAGAAGCAGAGCACUGGUACGUGGAGUCACUGCGAUCCAAGAGCGACCACAUCCCAGCCCAUCUCACCUAUGGAAAACUGCUGGCCCUGACGGGACGCAAGAGUGAGGCAGAAAAGUACUUUGUGAAGGCUAUUCAGCUGGAUCCUACCAAAGGAAACUGCUACAUGCAUUAUGGUCAGUUCCUCCUAGAAGAAUCCCGCCUGAUAGAAGCAGCUGAGAUGGCAAAAAAAGCAGCUGAACUGGAUAAUACAGAAUUUGAUGUUGUUUUCAAUGCAGCCCAUAUGCUCAGACCAAGUACUCUUUGCAGUGAUGUUCUGCUGUAAUAGAAAUGAAUCAUCUUUCCUCCCUGUCAUACUCCUGUUGCUGCCAUUAGCCCAAGGAGUGUCACAGGAUUCAGAAACAUGUAGAUGUUUCUUCAGAAUUGCAGUCAAAUUCUUCCAAACUUGGGUUACAGCUGCUUUGAAUAAAAACAAUCACAACAUGCCUUCCAAGUCAAUUAUUCUUCUACUAAAAUGUUUUUCUUUUCCUUUCGUUGAGAAAAAAAAUUUAAAUUAAAAUGCAACCUGAAUAAAGAAAUAUCAGUUUUUAUAAAUUUUUAACUGGUAUGCUGCAGGUUAGUUUUAUUUGGUUUGUUGAAGCUUUGUUUUUUUUUUAAUUUGUAACAGAAUUGUUAGCUGUGUCCAGAUGCAGCUAAGUGUAUUUAUAGAUGGUCUGUUCUCAGUUUAGCAGUCACAAGAAAGACUUCUAUUCCUUCUGUCAGGUAUUCUAACACUGUUUACUGCCUCUGUGACUAAAUCUGAAACCGAAACCAAGAAAAAAACCAAGUUAGAUCUGUAUGCAUUAUUAAGACAACUCCCUGUUCCUAAUUACACAAGCAUAGUUAUUAUUUUUUUGCCAAGAUGACUUCUGUUGGAUCCUGCUAAUGCAGCACCAGAUGAAUCAAGUCAUCUGUAAUAGGGGAGAGAUAUGGAAUGAAUGUAAUUAAUAUCUUUGCAACAGUCUGGUAACUUAUAACUUGCCUAAUACUUGCCUGUAAAUUUUGUUUUCUCAACAUAUUUGUUUUCUAGACAGCUUCAUUCAAGGGUCAUGUUUGGGUGGUUCAUCUUGAAACAGUCACUGGUCAUGUGUUUUACUUUUGUAGUGUUUGCUAUGCUCUUUUGCUUAUAGCAGUUUGAAGCCUUUUUGGCAAAGAUACAUU